GCAAGACACAGUCGGACAUAGCUUUUUGAAGUAUGGCGCAGCGUGUGACACAGUGAUCAGUGGCCCAGCAGUGCCUCGGUAUCAGCGAAUCGACGGAAAACUCGGGCGCUCUCGCUUGCCUCUUCCCCCCCAUCCCCCCACGGACAAGCAAAAGAUCUCCCUCGGCGCUUUAACAACUCCGCCCGCGAAGAAAGCCAGCAAAGCGAGGUAAAGAGCAGCCAAAAAGAAAGAAAGGUGAUUGAAAACCAAUGCCCAGUAGCUGCUGCUGUUCCUGCAACACUAUACUUCCUCCUCUCCUCUCUCUCUCUCUCUCUCUCUACUUUCCCAGUUCGGAAUUCUACAAGGGGUAUUGCACAGAUCGAUGUGACCCUCACCUCCGUAACAGCUGCGUCACACCUCCACACCUGCCCCCCUUCUCCGUCACUACCAAAGCAGCGGUGGUGAUAACAUCACCUCUGGCUUCACAUCUCAACUCGACACGUUGUUGUGGGGGUGAGCUUGAUCGACGUGAUAACCCCUGUUUUGCCUUCAUCAUGUCGCGUAGAUAGGCUCCACGGAGUUGCUACAGGGACGAUCCGACGGCGUUGAGGUGGUGACAUGGCGCGAUCCCGGCGUUCAUUUCUCGUGCUAAAAGGUCCGCCGGCGGGCCCGGAGACAGCUAAUGGUGGAUGGAACAUCUCAAGAGCGGUGGGGCCACCGGCGGCUUAGCAACAUGCCAACAGCAGAAGCAUCCCACCUGAGCCGAGCAUUCCCGAGUACGUCCACCGCACCAGCAAUCGCCUGCGAGCGAACCGGAAGCUGAGGUGCCUCCCACGUGCGCUAGUCUCUGCUAAUUGGAUGCUCUGUCCCUCUGUCUUGCUCCUCCUGUCAACGAGCAGUCGACGCCCUAACCGUGGGGAACGUGUUAACCUCCUCCCUAAUCGUGUGGGGCUGCUCAUUUAUGUUCUAUUGUUAUCGGAAACAAGACAGAUCAUAUUCUCUGCCUUCUAAUGGUUAUUAUUUUUAUGAUUAAUGUGUAAUAUAUAUGGUUGGGUGGAUAAAAUCGAGAAACAGAAGCAGUUGUGUGUCUGUGUGGACUGCAAGAAACAAAAAGCUGUGAGCUUCUCCACGGUUUGCUAUCUCCAGGGCUUGGCCGAGAGAAGUCGAGCAGUAGAAAUAGGAGAAGAAAGAAGAGGUGGCACUGAGUCUAGAGAGAGAGAGAGAGAGAGAUGGGUUCGUCGGCGGCGGAUCGAUUCGUGGGAGGAGGCGGCGGAGGGGAGGAACAGCUGCUGCAGCAGCAGCCUCAGAUGUACUAUCACGUGCCGCAGCACAGCCGGAGGGAGAAGCUACGGUUCCCGCAGGAGAUGUCCCCCUCGCACACCUCUUUCCUUCUCCUCCACGACCACAACGCCGCGACGCCGCUCUAUCCCGCCGGUUCUUUGACGGCCUUUCUCCCUUCCUUUUGCACUUCCUUCUCCUCGUCCGACUACUCUCACAACCCAGCCAUUAGCAACGGUGUGGCGCAAUUCGACGGCCACGGCGCGCUACCGAUCCCCUCGCAACACCAGCACCAGAUCCACAACCAAGGCUUCUCCCUCUCGCUUUCCUCCUCCUCCUCCCCCCGCCCCACGACUUCGCGGCACCAAGUUAUAACCCGGACGACCCCCUUGGGCCCCUUCACGGGCUACGCGGCCGUCCUCAACCGCUCCAGGUUCCUGGACCCGGCGAGGAAGCUGAUGGAGGAGGUGUGCCAUGUGGGGCAGCAAGCAGCAGCAGGUGGCGGCAGCAGGGAGAUGCUCCUGGACGUGGAUCCGUCGAGGGAGUCGCUGGUGGAUCGCGGCGGGGAUGGUUGGACCGACCACGGCACCAAGGCGGACCGCCAGAUCUCGGGCAUGUAUCAGCAGCAGUGGAAGAAGACCAGUCUCAUCUCCAUGCUCGAUGAGGUUUACAGAAGAUACAAGCAAUACUACCAGCAGAUGCAAGCUGUUAUUACAUCAUUCGAGUCCGUUGUGGGAUUGAGUAGUGCUGCCCCAUAUGCCUCGAUGGCGCUCAAGGCGAUGUCGAAACACUUCAGAUGCCUUAAGAACAUCAUCUCUGACCAAAUUCAUCAUGCAAACAAGGGUAUCCGAAAUGAAGGGAACAGCAGGGAAGAGAUUUCGAGCUUUGGCCUCGUCAACAAUAUCGGUUAUCUCCAGAGAACAACCAAUAGCACCGGUACCUUUGCUCAACCACAUGUUUGGAGGCCUCAGAGAGGACUUCCCGAACGGGCCGUCUCGGUGCUUCGUUCAUGGCUUUUCGAACACUUCUUGCAUCCGUAUCCUACUGAUGUAGACAAGCAGGACUUGGCCAAACAGACUGGUCUAACGAGAAAUCAGGUUUCUAACUGGUUUAUUAAUGCGAGAGUGAGGCUUUGGAAGCCAAUGGUGGAGGAAAUCCAUUCCCUAGAGAUGCGUCAAAAGAACAAAGUGUCGGCCGGCGACCACCGCUUCCUGGUUACUGAUGAACAGUCUCGGCUGCCGCCAUCAUCUUCCAAGGCGAACGCAUUUGGUUCUCAGCCUCCCCCGAUGGAGUACUUGAUGGGGACCAAAUGCAUUGAUCAAGAAGAGCUGUCUCCCGUUCCAGUUAACCUUGUGUGCGAUGGCACGUCCAACCAUCGGCACGUCGGGGGCGUUGGCAAUGGCGUCUCUCUCACCCUCGGCCUCCAUCAGAACAAUGGGGUUUGCCUUUCGGAGCCGCUACCCCUCAGCGUCGCCCGUCGUUUCGGCUUGGAGGAGUGCAGUGACACGUAUCUGGUGACUCCGUUUGGCGACCAAGAGAGGCAAUUCGGGAAGGAUGUCGGCACCCGUUCGCUCCAUGAUUUUGUCGGGUGACACCAAACCUCGAGUAGUCUGAGCUCCUAAGAGAUGAACAUAAGAUUAAUCGGACGCGUUCUACUGAUCUCAAUUGUUGUAUACAAACAACAGGCCUCUUGUCAAGGCUUGCAACGUUUUGCCCGCACGCGUUGCCGCUGUAACAUUAUUUAUGCAUAUCCUUCAGAGGCUUGGAAGACUGGAGCCAAUUCUCAUGCA